AUGGAACCAGUCGUAACGGUGAUCAUUGGGGCCGGAGGGCUCGGACUAGCUUGUGCAGCCCAGACGUCCAGCAAGCACAGCAUAGUGCUGGCAGACAAUUCGGCCGAGACCCUACGGAAAGGAGUAAUCGCCCUUCAAGAGGCAGGUCUGAAUGUCAUCAGCCAAGAAGUCGAUAUCACAGACGCGGACUCGGUGCGAGAUUUGGUGGCAUUUGCGACUGCCGCCGGCCAGGUGAUGGCAGUCAUUCAUACCGCUGGCCUCGCCCCAACAACAGCCGCCGCAAAGGAAAUCUACAACGUGAAUCUUCUUGGGACAUCGAUCAUAAUCAACACAUUUGCACCGGCUAUGUCAAGGCGCUCGUCAAUGGUCUGCAUCGCUAGCUUGGCUGGCCACUUUGUGUCAUUUUCCCCCAGUUUGGAGAGCCACAUAGCAGCCUCGAGCGCCGAUCGGAUCUUACAUCACAACGAACUCAAGAUGGAUGCAACAAGCUCGGAGGCCUACACUAUCUCGAAGCGCGCAAACCUCAUCCAGGUGCAGGCGGCAACCAGCAAAUGGGGGAAACAGGGGAUACGGUUCAAUACGAUCAGCCCCGGUGUGAUCUCCACGGCGGCCGGGAACCGUGAACUGGAAACUGCCCCUGGGGCAAAGGCGAUGGUGGAUAUAUCUGCUGCUCAGCGAGCCGGACUUCCUGAAGAGGUCGCAAAUGUAGCUAGCUUCUUGGUUGGGUCGAGCUCUUCUUUUGUCACUGGAAGUGAUAUUCUCGUGGAUGGUGGAGCAUUCGCCUCGCGGCGUUGGGCUGGCCUCUGA